AUGCCACCUAACAAAGACCCUUACGAAAUCCUCGGACUGCAGCCAGGUGCCAGUGAGUCAGAGAUAAAGAAGGCAUGGCAGAAAGCAAGCCUCGAGCACCAUCCCGACAGAAACCCGCAUCCCGACUCCACCCAGCGAAUUCAAGAGAUCAACAAUGCGUACGAGAUAUUGUCAGACCCCGAGAAACGCAAGAAAUACGAGCCGAUAGGUCAA